AUGAUCGUGCAUUUUGGACGAAUCCCGAUUGAGGAAACGGUGAUGCUGUAUCUGAUCGGUGACACAAAACAUCCGCCGAAAGCCUCCCCGUACGCGGAACAACAACGAUUGGCUAGAAAACUUCUCUCCACUCCAAGGCUCUCCGGUUUUUGUGUGGCCCCGCUUCGCGACACCACGAAAUUGGUCGUCUUCGGCCUAAAGCGCCACCUCGAUCCACCGUGCCCGGAACUUGAGCACUUGAUAUUGGAUUUUAAUUUAUCGAUCGAGUCCGUACAACGGCCCGAUCACACUUUCGUCGAAGCGGCCAUCAAGUUCACACUCUUUUUCUGGCUGGAAGCUGAGGGAUACGCAAAAGUUGGCGACGCGUUGAUGCCACAUGACAGUUUAUUCGCGCCACCACAUGAAGGAAUGCUUCAAAUCGCUUUUAACAUAAACGUUUCGCCGGACUACGAUGUUGAUGUGAGCUUUAUGGCGAGAAUGGUUCGUGUGCAAGUGCUGGAGGAAUGGCUGUUUGAACGAUGCAAUAGUCAACUGCAAGAACGAUGGGUGUUCGUGUUACCAAAGCUCGGUCGCGGCCGUGUGGUGGGCGCUCAUCGGGCGCUGCCCGCGCACUCUCCGUUUGCCACCUACGGACAACUGCGAGAGUACUGGAGUGAAUCGUAUGGAUACACACUUCCACCACGGGAUCCCGAUUGCUACUAUGAUAUCAAGUUCAACGGAAUGAGGCACACGUUCUUAUAUCCGUAUUUUCUCGUGUGGGCGCAAAAGCCGGAGCCAAUCCAUUUUAUGGCAUCAAUGGAGCACGAGCGAAAUGCAUGCAAAGAGUUUCUCGUGUCGUUGAAGAACUGUUGUCAGGGACGAGUGAUUGGUGGCUUCGAAGUUGAUGUUAGACUCAAAGCCGGCGAAGUGAACAAGAUCACCGCUUCUGUGGCCUCGUUGCAACAACGGCGACAACUAAUGGUGCCGAAAUUGGGUCCAUUUCGACCGGAUGCCCCAUUUAAGCGGCCGAUAAUUGUCUCACCGGAGGAAGAGGACUCGUCAAGUGAAGAGGAUUUCCUGACCAGCAAAUUAUCGAGCUCCCGUACCAACUUGGUGGAGAGUAUCAAGCCGACAUUUGGAUAUCAGAAAGUUUCUCCGGCUGAAAUGGCAAAGUCUCUUGGGAAAAAGAGAGAUUUCAACGCGAGUUUGACGAGCGAUUUAGAGCCACUCGAGAAGAAGAAACGAGGAUUUCUAAGGGAAUUUCAGCACUCAAAUGAAAAGAAAACUUUCGCCGGUCCAUCCUUCUCCUUGCAAGUUCCACAAUCGGCCACUCAACUCGCGAAAGAACAGCCGGCUAAUAAAGAAAUGAAACUUAAGCAGGUCUCCUUCUCGAAGCUGGCCGCUGAUGCUUCAAAAAGUGUCGAAGAUCCACCGCAAAUGCCCGUCAAAUCGUCUCUUUCGUACAAGCUGAAAAGGAGUUUCGAGGUGGCGGCGAAGACAUCAUUGGACACUUCAAUGGCCACGAAGGAUCUCGGUGAUCGUGUUGAUGAACCUUUGCUGAAAAAAGAACAGACCUUUGCCACUUCAUCGCCAACCGGGAAGACCCUGAGAACACCGCUGCUGGAUCUGAAGAAUAAAACGAUGCCAUCUCAACGCGUCUCCCAGCCCAGGGCUGAGCCUAAAAACGAGAAAACAAACUUUGCCACUCCAUUGAUGAGGAAGCCGGGUACAUCACACGCUUCACAAGUCGUCAUUGAUGUGCCGAACACUCAACAGCGACCACCACCUGACCGCUCUCAACUCUCACAAGUGAAUCCCAGCCAACCAUAUCGGGUUGUGCUGAGCGAUGGGAUCUAUCCGAUUGGAUCAACUCCGCGUCGUACGCCUCACCGCAUGCCGAACAUCGAAUUC